GAGCAGAACGAGCCGCCGACUUCCAGGGGGGAACGCCUAGUCCACCUGGCUUCCGCGGGCCCGCCCCAACUCUGAACUGUGCAAGUGAUUUACAUCUUUCAAGAUCUUCUCCACCAUGGCCCGACGCACCCGCAGCAGCCGGGCCUGGCAUUUUGUUCUGAGCGGGGCCCGCCGGGAGGCAGAUGCCCGAGCUGUGGCUUUGGCCUCUGGCACCACCAACUGGGGCUAUGAUUCUGAUGGACAGCACAGUGACUCAGACUCAGAGGCAGAGUUCCCUUCCCUGCCACCCUCCAUCCCGAGUGCUGUGCCUGUGACUGGGGAAUCCUACUGCGACUGUGAGAGCCAAAGUGAAACUCCGUACUGUGCCAGCCUCCAUACCAGCCAUCGAACCAGGGACUGCCAGUGUGGCGAGGAAGAUGACUAUUUUGAUUGGGUAUGGGAUGAUCUGAACAAAUCGACGGCCACUCUGCUAAGUUGUGACAACCGCAAAGUCAAUUUCCACAUGGAAUAUAGCUGUGGCACAGCAGCCAUACGAGGGAACAAGGAACUAUGUGAAGGCCAGCAUUUUUGGGAAAUUAAGAUGACUUCCCCAGUCUACGGCACCGAUAUGAUGGUUGGUAUUGGGACAUCAGAUGUAAAUCUGGAUAAGUACCGCCAUACAUUCUGCAGCUUGCUGGGCAAGGAUGAAGACAGCUGGGGCCUCUCCUACACAGGACUUCUCCAUCACAAGGGUGACAAGAUGAGCUUCUCCUCACGGUUUGGCCAGGGUUCCAUCAUCGGGGUUCACCUAGACACUUGGCAUGGGACACUGACCUUCUUCAAAAACAGGAAAUGCAUAGGAGUUGCCGCCACCAAACUGCAGAACAAGAAAUUCUACCCCAUGGUUUGCUCCACUGCCGCCAAGAGCAGCAUGAAGGUGAUUCGUUCUUGUGCCAGCCUCACUUCCCUGCAGUAUCUGUGUUGCUACCGUCUUCGUCAACUGUUGCCUGAUUCUGGAGACACACUGGAAGGAUUGCCUUUACCUCCUGGCCUCAAGCAGGUGCUGCACAACAAACUGGGCUGGGUCCUGAGCAUGAACUGUAGCCCCCUACCGUCACAGUCGCCCAAGACGGCAGCAUGCUCGGGGAGCCCAGAGGCCAAGCCAUGUCAAAGGAAGAGGUGUCGACGGACUUAACUUAUUUUCCAAUGAAAACUGCCUUGUUGGGCUUGGGGUGGCUUCUCUUUCUUUUCCCUUUCCUCCACACACUUUUGGGACAAGAGGGAAGGUUGGGAGGGGAGGUUGCCCAUCCCCUUCCUUGGGGACAGCUCCACUGGUUUGAAUUUGCCAAGAUACUCCCCUCAUUCAGGAACUAGUUUAAGGACACAGCACCUGCUCCUCACCUGGACUGGAAGACUGUGCCGUGAACCCAAGAGCAUCAGCUUGGAAACAGAUGAUAACAGUAAGGCUCCCUGAGCCCUUAUUCUGGACUUAGCCCAAGGGUCACUCCAGGUCCUCUGUAGGGUGGUGGAGAUUGCAGUGCUACUGCCUCCAUCAGGGGACAGCAUAUGAUCACUCCAAUCACUCCUGCCUCAGGGGAGGGGGAGGAUAAUGCUGCAGCCUAGCCUCAGUUAUUCUCAAAUGUCCAGCUGAGAGGGGCAAGGAGAAAAGCCUGAUUAAUAAAUAUUGUGUUCCCUCCUCACCCCUUGGGGCUUCAGAACUAGGAUCUAGAAUUUAAAAAAAAAAAACAAAAAAAAAAAACACCUGCUUUUGCAUGUUGUCAGCUUCUUUUCUGCUCCUGUAUCAGAGACUGUAUCAAAUCACUGUAAUAAAGUCAAAAUAGUUUAUAUUGAAUUACAGAUGCCAUAAAAGUAAAUGGGCCCAUAUUUAGGAGUUGGGUGGAUAUGUGAUAUGUGAGGGGUGGUCUGAGUACUGUUGUGAUGCACUUGGGGUAGGGAAUUAGCCCUUUUUUACUAAUCAGAAAACUUAAGUCUUGAAGGAAGUGAUUUUUGGUGGCAGAAUCAAUAGCAGAAUUUUGGCCUUGUGCCUCUGGAGAGCUAAGGGGCCUUAAGGUUCAUAGAAUCUUGCUAAGAUGAUGUGAGUUGCCAGGCACUCUAAUCCCCUGCUUAUUAAAAUUGUAACUGCAUCCUAUCUAGGCUGGAAUGGUAAAAUUCUAAACUUUAGUGAACCUCUUCAUUGAAGAAGAAAAAAAAAUCUUGGCUCAACAGAAUAGCCAUCAAUUUAUAUCAUCUGGCUCAGUUGUCAUACUAGCCCUUUAGCUCUCGCCUUAUUCAGCUUUCUGAUAUUUCCCACUUUGUUCCUUAAUUACAUCUCUUGCUUUGUUGCCCCAUUCCAUGUUUCUGGCCACCCAUAAUUUCUGCUGCAAAAAAUCUUACCCUCAUUUCCCAUGUCUUUGUUAUUCUGCCUGGGCAGGAAAGCAUCCAGAAAAAGGCAAUUGCUGUACUAACAAACACUCCUGAAAAGCUGGGAAAUGGAGGGAGAGGAUUUUUUUUUUUAACCUUUAUGGGUUUUGCCAUAAAUCAAUUCACACAAAAAGUGAAGAUUCCACAAAAUGGGAAACUCAAAGAGAUAAAUCUGGGAUGACUCUUCAGACCUGAAUCAGAUCAUCUUUCUUUACUGCAGUGUCACUGAGCAGAGACAGGCCUUCCUGCUCUGUUGUGCGAGGUGCAUAUGCCUAAGGGUGCCCGAUGAUCGUGUACAAGUUGGUAAUUCCCACACCUCCUGUCCUUCCCCCUUAUCCAGUAAUCUGAUAACAGCUUUUGAACCCUCUUGGUCUGGGGUUGGAGGGUAUAAGGGGAGGGGAUGUAAGAUGAUCUGACUCACAGGGUUGUGGAAGCUGAACAGGGUGAAAGCUAAAGGGCUAGUAUGACAACUGAGCCAGAUGAUAAAGUGUUUGGCCCUGAUUACUUGUAGGUAGGGGAUUGCAAAAAGUCUUAGUCCUGUCUGUGUUAGAAGACUUGAUCAGCAGCCCAUGUUUCUGUGACCACUGUCUUUCCUUGAGUGCCCUGCUCAGCAAGCCUGUGCAUCCUUGCUCCUGGUUUCCAUUCUACUUAAGUUUACCUUGACUUACUUCCUCUGGCCUGGCUCCUAGUAGAGAGCCUGAUAGGCCUCGAUUUGAAUUGGCAUUGUCAUUGCUCCUAAAAAGAGGCAGCCCAUUUAGUAAGGCAGACCAAGGGAUGAUGUUGGAGAACUUACAUCCCCAAGGGGGAAGCACAGAACACCGAAUCUUGUAUUUUUAAGAUGAUCUGACUCAUAGGGUUGUGGAUGUCAAGCCAGAAGGGACACACUUUGGAGAUCCGUUUGUUAUGAAUUGUCAUUUUAUAGAUGAGAUUGGAAUCUUUACUACUCAUUGUAUAGAUGAAAGUAUACAUGAAUAGAAGUUUCCUCGGCUAGACAGUGAGUAAUGAAAUCAAGGCUGGAACUGAGAACUGAAUGCUUAGAAUACAAAAUUUCUGAUUAAAUGUGUGCUAGUACAACUGUUAUUCUAAAAGAUUGGCAGUGAUCUCUCCUAAGCCUACCUUGGCCAGGGCUUGAAGCACUUGUACUGACCAUGGGCAAUGGCCUUUGUAAUUGCACACACAUGCUGGCUUAGCUCCUGCUGUGAGUGCAGUUGUAAUAGCACCAAGGUUUGUGAAGGAGGAGGAGAUAAAGGGACAAAAAGUACAGUUUAGAAGGAGGCAGUACCCUACUAAUCUAACAUGAUUUAGAAAGCAACUUAAAGGAUCACAGAUGAUUGCAAUUGCAAAUAGUAAUGUUCAGCAUCUCUUGUGCCCUUCCUGCCCCAGCACUAGGGCAGUUCCUCAGAAAAAAGGCCCUCAAAGCUGCUUAGGGCCAGAAAUCAACCUCCCUAGUCUUUAGUAGCAGGGUGUUCAUCUCUGCCACCUUUGAGCUGGAUAUUACUCCAUCUGACUCCUGCUGAACUCCCUUGGCAUCAGAUUGGAAGAGCCUGAGCAAAAACUUUUGUCUUUUUGGUUCAUUCAUUUUUCCUCUCCUCACCCACAGAAAACUGCUAUCUUGGUGUAGUUUCCUUUGUGGCCUUGGGUAGUCUGGGAUGGCUAACACUGAAGGAGACUUGAGGAAAGUCCCAUCUCACUAAGCACACUGUUGAAUGAUGGCUUUUCUUUGCAUCCCUUAAGGCCCCUGGAACAGAGCAAAGCAAGGAACUACCACUGAUAAUCCAGGUGGUAGUGAGUAACCAGCAGCAUUCUCAGGUACAAUCCAAGGAACAGUCAGCAGUGAAAUGACCCUGCCGCCAAAAGAAAGGAGCUAGUGUGGUAGAACCCUCAUGAGAAAGGGCAAUGAGGAAACUGGGGUCUUGCUUUGUGUCGAGUCUUAUUUUUUCUUCAAACUUUGCCUUCAAUAAAGUCAGUAGUGUUUGUUGAUGAA